AGAAAGAGGAGGUAGUCCUUUGGAAAGUAUAGGGAAUUAGGUCAGGUGAAGAGUGGAAAUUGGAGGAGUUUAGGGUGUUGAGAGAGAUCUGUUCUGGGGUCGUGGAGGGUGUCUGGGUAUCACUGGAAUGAGAAUGACCGGUUACGUUAAGUUGAUAAGAAGUUGGGGGUCUGGGUAUCCCCAGAGUAUUUAAUACUGGCUGGUGAGGGAAUCUGGAUGUGAGGAAGGGGGAUCUGGCUCUUCUCUGUCAUUGUUAAAGUGGAGGUCAAGGGGAGUUCUGCAUAAGAAGAAAGGUUCUGUGUAUCCCUAAAGGGGACCUGGGCGUGGAAGGGUCUAUGUGUGAAAGGAGGUCAAGCUAUUAGAUAUCCCUGAAUUGGGUUAGUGUGUGUGCGGGAUCUUUCUGCAAAUAAGGGGAAUUCAAUUGAUAUGAAGAGGGGGCCUGAGCAUCCCUGGAAUGAGUUAUUGUGGGAGGGGGUCUUUUUGCAAAGAAUAGGUAAGGUUAAUAAUGUGAAAGGGGGUCUGGGAACCCCUGAAUGGGUUAGGGUGGUUGUAAAUGAAGACAAGGGGUCUAAAUCAAUGUUAAGAGGGGAUUUGGGUAUCCCAGAGGGAAAUUAGAAUUGCAGAUGAGGUCUCAGUGCAAAGAAAAGGUGAUUGAUGUGAAGAGUGUCUGGGUACCCUGGAGAUAUGUUAGGGUGGUGGGAAGGGUCUAGUUAUGAAAAAUGGGUUAGGUAUUUGUGAAGAUGGGUCUGGAUAUUUUGGAUAAGGGGUCAAGGUUGGGGGAGAGGGCCUUUAUUUAAAGAGGAGGGAGGACCUGGGUAUCAUGGGGAAGUGGUUAAGUAGGAAAACCUAGGUAUGGAGAUGGAUUAGGCCAAUGUGAGAAAAGUUGAUUGGAGAAAGGGAUAGUUUGGUGUGAAGAUCCUGGGCACCAGAGGGAGAGAGAGUGGAUAGCAAGGGUUGUGUGUAAAGGAGAGGAGUUGCGCAAUGUGAGGGUGCUUACAGGUGUGGGGCAUGGGGAAGUUUGAGUGAUCUAGGUGUAAAAAGAGGUUCAGAGUCUCGGGGAGGGAGCAGAGGAAGAGCAAGACUGGAAAAAGUGGGUGGUUAAACCCUUUGUGGACUCCCCUGGGAGUGGAAAUGGAUAGUGAGUUGGUAGGGAGAGGAGUCAGUGGAAGGAGGUCUGAGUGGAGAGGACAAGGGUUCCUGUGUGAUGGGUGGGGCCUUGGGCCAGCUUUGAGGCAUGGGAGAAUGAGGGAUUGGACAGGUUACAGGGAUUGGGUGGGUGGAGUUUGAUUCUAGUUGAUUCAGUAGAUUCACCAGGAAUGGACUGCUGGGAAGAUUUUUGUGCUUGGUGCCCUUGUGUGUUGGGAGAGGAAAGAUUGUUAGGAAGAGAGGUGGGAGUGGAAAAUGGAAGCAAGAAGUUAGAAGGGGAUAUAGAUCUAGGUGGGGGGAUGGUAAAGGGAAAGAAUCAUUCCUGAGAAGGACUGAAGAAGCAGUGGCUUAGUUGUGAUUUUCCCCCAAAUCUCCCCUUUCCCAGCCCAGGGCCUUGCUGCCGCCAUGACUGAAGAGUCAGAGGAGACGGUCCUGUACAUUGAGCAUCGCUUUGUCUGCUCUGAGUGCAACCAGCUCUAUGGAUCCCUGGAGGAGGUGCUCAUGCACCAGAAUUCCCAUGUGCCCCAGCAGCACUUUGAGUUGGUGGGUGUGGCUGACCCUGGAGUCACUGUGGCCACAGAGGCAGCUUCUGGCACAGGCCUCUAUCAGACUGUGGUGCAGGAGAGCCAGUACCAGUGCCUGGAAUGUGGGCAACUGCUGAUGUCCCCUAGCCAGCUCCUGGAGCACCAGGAGUUGCACCUAAAAAUGAUGGCACCUCAGGAGGUAGUGCCAACUGAAUCGCCACCCAAGGUGCCCCCCCUGAGCUCCAGUACCAUCCACUAUGAGUGUGUUGAUUGCAAGGCUCUCUUCGCCAGCCAGGAGCUCUGGCUGAACCACCGGCAGACGCACCUCCGGGCCACUCCCACCAAGCCUCCAGCCCCAGUUGUCCUAGGAUCCCCCAUGGGCCAGGCCCGUGUGGCUGUGGAACACUCAUACCGUAAAGCAGAAGAGGGUGGGGAAGGGGCAGCUGUCCCUUCUGCUGCUGCCACCACUACUGAGGUGGUGACUGAGGUGGAACUGCUCCUCUACAAGUGCUCUGAGUGCUCCCAGCUCUUCCAGUCGCCAGCUGACUUUCUGGAGCACCAAGCCACCCACUUCCCUGUUCCUGCCCCAGAGUCUGAGGAGCCUGCCUUGCAGCAGGAGACCCUGGCCCCAUCACCUGCAGAGGUGGCUGUGACUCAGCCUGAUCCCCUGCCAUCCUCUGACCACAGUUACGAACUGCGCAACGGUGAAGCCAUUGGGCGUGAUCGGCGGGGGCGCAAGGCCCGGAGGAACAACAGUGGAGAGCCAGGUGGGCCAGCCACCCAGGAGCUCUUUUGCUCAGCCUGUGAUCAGCUCUUUCUUUCACCUCAUCAGCUACAGCAGCACCUGCGGAGUCACCGGGAAGGUGUCUUUAAGUGCCCCCUGUGCAGUCGUGUCUUUCCCAGCCCUUCCAGUCUAGACCAGCACCUUGGAGAUCACAGUAGCGAGUCUCACUUCCUGUGUGUGGACUGUGGCCUGGCCUUUGGCACAGAGGCGCUCCUUCUGGCCCACCGGCGAGCUCACACCCCAAAUCCUCUGCAUUCAUGUCCAUGUGGAAAGAACUUUGUCAACCUCACCAAGUUCCUUUAUCACCGGCGUACCCAUGGGGUGGGAGGUGUUCCUCUACCCACAACACCAGUCCUACCAGAGGAGCCUGUCAUUGGUUUCCCUGAGCCAGCUUCAGCAGAGACUGGAGAGCCAGAGGCUCCGGAGCCCCCAGUGUCUGAGGAGAGCUCAGCAGAACCUGCUGCCCCAGGUACCUACCGUUGCCUCCUGUGCAGCCGUGAAUUUGGCAAGGCGUUGCAGCUCACCCGGCACCAACGUUUUGUGCACAGGCUAGAACGGCGCCACAAGUGUGGCAUUUGCGGCAAGAUGUUCAAGAAGAAGUCUCAUGUGCGCAACCACCUGCGCACACACACGGGCGAACGGCCCUUCCCCUGCCCAGACUGCUCUAAACCUUUCAACUCGCCUGCCAACCUGGCCCGCCACCGGCUCACGCACACAGGGGAGCGGCCCUACCGGUGUGGGGACUGUGGCAAAGCUUUCACCCAAAGCUCUACAUUGAGGCAGCAUCGCCUGGUGCAUGCCCAACACUUCCCCUACCGCUGCCAAGAGUGUGGAGUGCGUUUUCACCGCCCCUACCGCUUGCUCAUGCACCGCUACCACCACACUGGCGAGUACCCCUACAAGUGUCGCGAGUGCCCCCGCUCCUUCCUGCUGCGCCGGCUGCUGGAGGUGCACCAGCUUGUGGCCCAUGCUGGGCGCCAGCCCCACCGCUGCUCAUCCUGUGGGGCUGCCUUCCCUUCCUCACUGCGGCUCCGUGAGCAUCGCUGUGCAGCUGCUGCUGCCCAGGGCCCACGGCGCUUUGAGUGUGGCACCUGUGGCAAGAAAGUGGGCUCAGCUGCUCGGCUACAAGCACAUGAGGCGGCCCACGCAGCUGCUGGGCCUGGAGAGGUCCUGGCUAAGGAGCCCCCAGCCCCCAGGGCCCCACGGGCAACUCGCACACCAGUUGCCCCCCCAACGACCCUUGCAGGCACUGCUGCUGCGGCCCCUGCGGCCCCUGCCCGACGCCGGGGCUUAGAGUGCAGCGAAUGCAAAAAGCUGUUUAGCACAGAGACAUCACUGCAGGUGCACCGGCGCAUACACACAGGUGAGCGGCCAUACCCAUGUCCAGACUGUGGCAAGGCCUUCCGUCAGAGUACCCAUCUGAAGGACCACCGGCGCCUGCACACAGGUGAGCGGCCCUUUGCCUGUGAAGUGUGUGGCAAGGCCUUUGCCAUCUCCAUGCGCCUGGCAGAACAUCGCCGCAUUCACACGGGUGAAAGGCCCUAUUCCUGCCCCGACUGUGGCAAGAGCUACCGUUCCUUCUCCAACCUAUGGAAACACCGCAAGACCCACCAGCAGCAGCAUCAGGCAGCUGUGCGGCAGCAGCUAGCAGAGGCAGAGGCUGCUGUUGGCCUGGCAGUGAUGGAGACUGCAGUGGAGGCGCUGCCUUUGGUGGAAGCCAUUGAGAUCUACCCUCUGGCUGAGGCUGAGGGAGUCCAGAUCAGUGGCUGACCCUGCCAGCUUCCCUCUUCAGAAGCACCAUGCCCUGUUGCUGAAGAACCCCCUCCAACAUCCCCUUAAAUUUCUGUACAGUGCCCCUUCACCCUUCCCAACUGCUAUGUAAAUUCUGUAACUGGAUUUAUUCUCUUAUGAGGAGUGUUCUGGGGUCCCUAAUAUGCAUAAAAGUGCCCCUCACCCUUCCACUUGUUAGCACUGGUGGCCCCAAAGUGAAAUAGUCAUUAAAAACUGAUUUGGACAUUCA